AUGUCUCACAAUGCGCUGCUUGGUGCAGGGUACCUGUCGCGCGGCGAGGUCGUGUGCGCCCUGCAAACGGGGUUUUGGCUGUGGCAGCUCGGGGAGCGUGCCACAUGCGAUUCGUGCGUCGCGGGCGCACUGGUUGCCUUCCACCUCCCUGCACCCAGAGUGCAGAGGUCCCAGUGUGGCGGCGGCGGUGGCGGCAGCGCGGCUCUCACUCUUGGGCAGGUCCUGAACGCGCACGUAGCAAUCAACCCUGCAGGCGUCGUCGACCCAGCAGCCAGCUACCUGCUGCUCAAGCACGGCGGCCAGGCUGUCCCCGUCAGCGCCCUGCUGGACGCCCUGCCAGACGGCUCGCAGCAGUGGGGCGACGCGUGGCACGAGCUGGAGCGGCAGCAGGAGUCCGAGUACGCGGGCGCGCCCCUGCUCACGCCGGAAGAGGCCCUGAGCCUCUGUCAAGGAUUCUUCCGGAUCCUGCUUCCCCAUGGUUCCGCUCCGACCUGCCAUUCCCUGCUGCUGCGAGUCGCCCAGCUGUCCGACAGCCGCGACCUGCACCAGCUGCGGCGGCUGAUGGCGCGCGCCACGGCCGCGGCCCGCGGCGUGCCUGUCCCGGAGCGCGCCGCGGUUGCGGCGGACAGCUGCCUCGCGCAGCUGCCGGCGGCGCUGCGGGCAGAGGCGCCCCUGCUGCUCCAGCAGGUUGCUGCUGCCCUGGAGGAGGAGCUUUCUGCCGCCGACGUUGCCGCAUUCCACUCACAGCUCGCUGGCGGGCCGCAGGCGCAGCAAUCCCAGGAGGGGGCAGCAGUGUCGCCAUCACAGCAGCAGCAGCAGCAGCAGGAUAAGAAGCAGGAACAGGAGCGGGAGCGGGAGCGGGAGCAGGAGCACGAGCAGGAACAGAAGCAGGAGCAGGCCGCCACGACGGCUAUGGCAAAUGGCGUGCAGCAGCAAGCGUCAGAGCAGGGGCACGUCAGCGAAGAAAUGCUGCCAAUUCAGGGCAGCAGCAAGAUUGACAAGCAGCAGCAACAGCAGCAGCAGCAGCAGCAGCAGCAGCAGCAGCAGCAGCAGCAGCAGCAGGAACAGCAGCCGGAGCCGCAGCAGCAUCACUCGUCGCGAAGCGAGGAGACAGAGGCUAAUGGUGCGGAUGACGGCGGGGCCACGGCUGGGGCCAAGGGCGGCAGCGGCGGCGUCCGGGUUGGCGGCGAGCCCAUUCGUAAUGAGGCACCACCGGGGCCAGCCGCCGCUGCUGAGGGCACCGCAGCCACCAGCUUCGCGGUGGCGGGCGCGACCCCCUCGGCCCGGCUAGACAGCCUCCUGCUGCACUUCUUGGAGCAGCAGCACAAGCCGGGGCUGCAGGGCCGGCGUGCAGCCAAGCAGCUGCCGCGCAGCACGGAUCUAAAUGAGCAGCAGCAGCAGCAGCAGCAGCAGCAGCAGCAGCAGCAGCAGCAGCAGACGGAUCAAGCCGCGGACUCCGACAUGGAACUAGAUGAAGACUACAUCAUGACAAAGCGCUCAAGGGAUGCCGACCACCUGGCUGACCAGGGCCCCAAAAAGCCCAGAUUGGGCGGAGAGCUGCAGCCUUGUGGGCCCGAAAGGCCGGAUGCAGGGCUGGCAGGCUGGCUGCAGCGCUUCGCGCCGCCCGAGGGCGCGAGCGCCAAGGACUGCCGGCAGCUGCUGCAGCCCGUGAUGGUCCUCGCCUUCAAGCUGGCGCACAACGACGCGGCGGCUGCGGCGGGCGCAGCCGCCGUGCAGCUGCCGCUCGGCGAGGACCCCGCGUGGCUGCAGGCGCGGGUCUCGCUUGCUUCGCUGCGCGCCCCGCAUGCGCUGCUGGCCGCGGCGGGGCUGGCCGGGAAGCCUCUGGGUCAAGUAAUCCAGCUGCACUGCGGCGGCGUCUUGCGUGUCGCCGCAGCCGCGAGGCCGACGGCCGUCAAGGCCGCGCGGCUGGGCGGCGGUGGGGGCGCGAGCCCCGCCAAGGGCGACGCGGGCGCGGCAGUUGUCUCCCUGGCGAGCGGGUACAUGGACGCGGCGUGCUGCCUGUACCACGGCAGCUGCGUGAUGAGGCGGCGGCUGGAGGGGCUCGUCGUGCCGGCAGUGCUGGGGGCUGCGCGGGCGGCGCCGCCCGGGGACGAUGGCUGGCGGGACGAGCGCGGCAACCAGGCUUUCCUGCCGGCGGGCACUGUCCUUGACGUGCGUGUGCUGCACCCCCUGCUGGGCGACCCCGAGCGCGCCUACAUGCUGCUCUACGGCUCACUUUGGCUCUGGGCCCUCGCAAACCUCUCGGGGGAGUUUGCGCUGCUGGCGCGGCAGCCCUGCGUCGGCGGCGUCGGUGGCGGGCGGGGCCACCGCGUCGUGUUGGUUGCGUUGGACAAGGUCAAGGACGCCCUGCAGGCAAGCAAGCCUGGUGGGAGGGGAGUCGCGGCUGUGCUGCCGCCGCCGCUGCUGCUGCCGCUGCCGCUGCCGCUGCCGCUGCCGCUGCCGCUGCCGCUGCCGCUGCUGCUGUUGCUGCCGCUGCCGCUGCGGCUGCAGCUGCCGCCGCAGCUGCGGCUGCUGUGA